UAAGUUCGGUUUGUACCUUUUGUUCUUUUGUUCUUAUUAAACCUAUUAUUUUAAAUCUGCACUCACAUUUCCCAAUGUGACAGAGGUUGGAUCAUUCUGUAACAAUGGUGAAAACGGAGGAGGACCCAUGUGCAGAAAAUUAAGAUUUAGAUAAUUAAAGAACAAAAUGUACAAACAAAACUUACUAAGAUGUCAAAGAACCAAAUCUAAAGGAAAACAAGCGGAAAAAGAAACAGAAAACACAAGGAAGACAAAAUGAUAACUGGGGCGCAGCAGCGGAAGUGGUGGAUGCAUGUCAUGGCUGCAGGUGUGCAUCACUAGGCUAACUUUCUCAGCUGUUUGUGAUCAUGGCCACGUUUUUCGGCGAAGUGUUGUCGGUAUACUCUCGGGCAGUAGAGGAGGAUGAUGAGGAUGUAGAAGAAAACGAAGAAGAUGAAGAAAUCCGCAGAGAACUGGAGGAGAAGAGGGAGGUUGGUCUACACUGGAGCCCUGAGGUGUCAGAGUCGCUGAAGAACGGUAACAAGGUGCAGUGUUCAGAAUUCAUCCUCGCCGUGGGACACAACGCUACCAGGUUUCUGUCAGUGUAUGUUCUCACCUCUGCAAAGUGGGACGCAGUGGGACAUGCAUCCGUGUGGAACGAGAGGAGCCGGGCUGUAUCUGGGCAAAGCAGCGAGGAGUCAGCGUGUGUUUUCUACAGACAGAAGGACGACCCAUCAGUUUUGAUUUGCCAAGUGAACGGCUACAUUGCAGAGGACCAGCUCUUUCAGUGGGCACAAAAGGUUUUUGACUGUCUGCAGCACAGAGAGCUGAAUGUGACCGUGUUAUCCGACAGCUCUGUGGCCGAGUACAAGACAGCCGACUAUCUGUGCUCUAGCUCCGCCCCCUUCCUUCGCUCGCUCCACUCUAGCGCUUACAGCGGUCAGCCUGUCUGCCAGUCACUGGAGCAACCCAACAUAGUCACCGGACUCCCGGCUGCAGUGCUCAACCACUGCCAGGUCCACCGCAUCGCCGCCGUUGUUUACCAGUGUUACAGUGAUGUCAUCGGCCCUGACUCUGUCACCAUGGAGACCUAUAAGCCUGCACUAACUAAGCUUGGCAAGUCCAUCCAGUUGGAAACUUCUCCGAGCACAGAUGUCCUCCGCAAGUUUUCAAGAACCACCAACAUUCAGAGCAACCUUUAUAUCUGAAGAUAGCUGCACACCGCGCUGUGCAGGUUAAUUCUAUUUUCCUGUGGUAUAUACUGUCAUUUUUUAAAUAAAGACGAUGUGUUGAAA